AAACAAAGACAGCAGUACCCCUUUGUUCUCAGAAAUAAUUGUAUUUGUUUUUAUGUCGAAAACCUAACCCUGCAGUGUAACAAGACUCGCCACUAGCGAUGCCUGAAUGUUCACUGCUGCAAUGGUAUUGGUAGGAGCUCCCGGUUUGCUUGGACUGAGUAUCUGUAAUAGCAGCUGUUCAGCUGAUUUCAGAAAAAAAAAAAAAAAAAAAUCAACCUGCGACCAACCCUGUCAGAGUAAAAGGACCGGAAAACAGCAGCUGAAUAAAUAGAAUGCACGAAGCGGAAUUGAAGAUUAAAAAGGGGCAGAUUAAAACCGCACUUUAAAUGUUUCUGAACCAUCAAGCUGUUUUACGAUUUUAAAAUCCUUAAUACAAGUGAUGUCUCCUCAUCAGACCAAAAGUAGCUGCGUUUUCUCGCACGUGCCAUCAUGUUUACUGCUAUAUACUCCUUGUAUAGCACUACUAGUCCCAGCAUGCUGAAACGAAAGCAAAGUUCACGGGUAGAAACCCAGCCUGUGACAGAUUUUGGUCCAGACGAAACUCUAGCUGACAACGCAGAUAUUCUUUGGAUAAAUAAACCAUGGGUGCACUCUUUGCUCCGUGCGUGUGCAAUAAUCAGCGUCAUCUCUGUGUGCAUGAAUACCCCAAAGACAUUUGAGCAUUACCCACCCCUUCAAUAUGUGACCUUCGCCCUGGACACUCUGCUGAUGUUCCUCUUUUCUGCUGAGAUGAUAGCAAAAAUGCACAUCCGUGGCAUUAUUAAGGGGGAAACCUCCUACUUGAAGGACCGGUGGUGUGUAUUUGAUGGAUUCAUGGUGUUUUGUAUCUGGGUCUCUUUGAUCUUGAUGGUGUUUGAAAUUGCUGAUCUUGUGGACCAGAUGUCACCGUGGGGAAUGCUGCGAAUACCCAGAGCUCUUAUAAUGAUCCGUGCUUUUCGAAUUUACUUCAGAUUUGAACUCCCACGCUCAAGAAUUACUAACAUCUUAAAGCGAUCAGGCGAGCAGAUCUGGAGUGUGACCAUUUUCCUGCUUUUCUUCCUCCUCCUUUAUGGAAUUUUGGGCGUUCAGAUGUUUGGAACGUUUACUUACCAUUGUGUGACCAACGAUACACAGCCAGGGAAUGUGACCUGGAAUAAUUUAGCCAUUCCAGAUACCCAUUGCUCACCAGAUGGAGAAGGCUACCAGUGUCCAAUGGGAUUUAAGUGUGUGGAUCUCGAGGAUCUUGGGCUUAGCAGACAAGAGCUGGGUUACAGUGGAUUCAAUGAAAUAGGAACAAGCAUAUUCACAGUAUAUGAAGCUGCUUCCCAAGAAGGCUGGGUGUUCCUCAUGUACAGGGCGAUUGACAGCUUCCCCCGCUGGCGUUCCUACUUCUAUUUCAUCACUCUAAUCUUCUUCCUCGCCUGGCUUGUUAAGAAUGUGUUCAUAGCAGUCAUAAUUGAAACUUUUGCUGAAAUCAGAGUGCAGUUCCAACAGAUGUGGGGGUCUAGAAGCAACACAACAUCAACCGCUACCACACAGAUGUUCCAUGAAGAUGCUGCUGGAGGCUGGCAGCUAGUUGCUGUUGAUGUGAACAAGCCUCAUGGCAGAGCUCCAGCAUGCCUACAGCGGCUAAUGCGGUCCUCAGUCUUCCACAUGUUCAUCCUGAGCAUGGUGGCAGUGGAUGUGAUCGUCGCUGCCAGCAAUUACUACAAGGGGGAGAAUUACCUGCGCCAUUACGACGAGUUUUAUCUAGCCGAGGUCGCUUUCACCGUUCUGUUUGACUUGGAGGCACUUCUGAAGAUCUGGUGCUUGGGCUUCACUGGCUACAUAAGCUCUUCCCUUCACAAAUUUGAAUCCCUGUUGGUAGUUGGAACGACCCUGCACAUUUAUCCAGACUUGUAUCAUUCUCAGUUCACUUACUUCCAGGUCCUCAGAGUAGUUCGUCUGAUCAAGAUUUCCCCGGCACUGGAAGACUUUGUGUACAAAAUUUUCGGUCCGGGGAAGAAACUUGGCAGUUUGGUUGUGUUCACUGCCAGUCUUCUUAUUGUAAUGUCAGCCAUCAGUUUGCAGAUGUUCUGUUUCGUGGAAGAUCUGGACAGAUUCACUACCUUUCCCAGGGCCUUCAUGUCAAUGUUCCAGAUCCUCACCCAGGAAGGAUGGGUUGAUGUCAUGGACCAAACACUUGUUGCAGUUGGACAUAUGUGGGCACCAGUGGUUGCCAUUUACUUUAUAUUAUAUCAUCUUUUCGCCACCUUGAUUUUGCUAAGCUUGUUUGUUGCCGUGAUUCUCGAUAACCUGGAGCUUGAUGAAGACCUGAAAAAGCUUAAACAGCUGAAGCAAAGUGAAGCCAAUGCUGACACCAAAGAAAAACUGCCACUUCGGCUGCGCAUCUUUGAGAAGUUCCCUAACAGGCCACAGAUGGUGAAGAUUUCCAAACUCCCCUCAGAUUUUACAGUUCCUAGAAUCAGGGAAAGCUUUAUGAAGCAGUUCAUUGACCGCCAGCAGCAAGAUACGAGCUGUCUGUUACGAAGACUCCCUUCUGCCUCAUCCUCUUCCUGCGAUCAUUCUAAAAAAUCUGGUAUAGAAGAUAACAAAUAUAUCGAUCAGAAGCUCCGAAAGUCAGUUUCCAGUAUCCGUGCCCGCAAUCUUCUAGAAAAGGAAUGUGCUAUCAAUAAAAUUCUUCGAGCCUGCACUCGACAGCGCAUGCUGAGUGGGUCGUUGGAGGGCCAGCCUGCUAAAGAACGGUCUAUUCUCAGUGUACAGCAUCAUAUCCGUCAGGAGCGCAGGUCUUUGAGACAUGGCUCAAACAGCCAGAGAAUCAGCAGAGGGAAAUCACUGGAAACUCUGACUCAGGAUCACACCAGCACAGUGAGGUACCGAAACGCUCAGCGCGAGGACAGUGACAUCAAGAUGAUCCAGGAGAAGAAGGAACAGGCUGAAAUGAAACGGAAAGUUCAGGAGGAAGAAUUGCGUGAAAAUCACCCUUAUUUUGAUAAACCUCUGUUUAUAGUUGGACGAGAACAUAGGUUUAGAAAAUUCUGCCGUGUGAUUGUGAGAGCUCGUUUUAAUGCCUCAAAGACCGACCCAAUUACAGGAGCUGUCAAAAACACCAAGUACCAUCAACUAUAUGAUCUCUUUGGCUUGGUCACAUACCUGGACUGGGUUAUGAUUGUGGUCACUAUCUGUUCUUGCAUCUCUAUGAUGCUUGAGUCCCCUUUCACAAGAGUGAUGCAUGUUCCUACACUGCAGAUUGCUGAAUACGUGUUUGUCAUUUUCAUGAGCAUUGAGCUCAAUCUGAAGAUCAUGGGAGAUGGACUGUUCUUUACUCCAACAGCUGUCAUUCGAGACUUUGGUGGAGUCAUGGACAUAUUCAUCUAUUUGCUGAGUUUGAUAUUUCUUUGCUGGAUGCCACCGAACGUUCCCCCUAAAUCCGGAGCCCAGUUGUUGAUGAUGCUGCGCUGCCUCAGACCGCUUCGCAUCUUCAAACUGGUCCCUCAAAUGAGAAAGGUUGUCAGGGAACUCUUCAGCGGAUUCAAGGAAAUAUUCCUGGUCUCCAUCCUUCUGCUGACAUUAAUGCUUGUGUUUGCAAGUUUCGGCGUACAACUUUUUGCUGGAAAACUCGCAAAGUGCAAUGAUCAUCAUGUUAUCAGACGGGAGGACUGCCACGGUAUAUUCAGAAUCAAUGUGAGUGUCUCAAAAAAUCUAAAUUUAAAGUUACGUCCCGGAGAAAAGAAGCCUGGAUUUUGGGUCCCACGUGUCUGGGCAAACCCUCGGAAUUUUAAUUUCGAUAAUGUUGGGAAUGCAAUGCUGGCACUGUUUGAAGUUCUUUCAUUGAAAGGCUGGGUGGAGGUCAGAGAUGUUAUUAUCCAUCGCGUGGGACCGAUCCACGGCAUCUACAUCCAUGUGUUUGUCUUUCUCGGCUGCAUGAUUGGACUGACACUUUUCGUUGGUGUUGUCAUUGCUAAUUUCAAUGAAAACAAGGGUACAGCCUUGCUUACUGUUGAUCAGAGAAGAUGGGAGGAUCUGAAGAGCAGGUUGAAGAUCGCCCAGCCUCUACAUCUUCCUCCUCGUCCAGAUAAUGGUGGGUUUCGAGCAAGGAUGUAUGACAUCACACAGCAUCCAUUUUUCAAACGGACUAUAGCAGUGCUGGUCCUUGCCCAGUCUGUUCUCCUGUCAGUAAAGUGGGAUGUGGAUGACCCGGUGACUGUUCCAUUGGCAGCAAUGUCGGUGGUGUUUACCUUCAUUUUUGUUCUGGAGGUGACUAUGAAGUCAAUUGCAAUGUCACCUGCUGGUUUCUGGCAGAGCAGAAGAAACCGCUAUGACCUGUUGGUGACUUCCCUUGGAGUGAUUUGGGUUGUACUGCACUUUGCCUUGCUGAAUGAAUACACCUACAUGAUGGGAGCAUGCGUUAUAGUGUUCAGGUUCUUUUCCAUUUGCGGCAAGCACGUCACACUUAAAAUGUUACUACUGACAGUGGUAGUCAGCAUGUAUAAGAGUUUCUUCAUCAUCGUUGGAAUGUUCCUGCUGCUUCUCUGCUACGCCUUUGCAGGAGUGGUGUUGUUUGGCACGGUGAAAUACGGAGAGAAUAUUAACAGACAUGCAAAUUUCUCCACCGCUGGCAAAGCUAUUACUGUUCUAUUCCGAAUAGUCACAGGUGAAGACUGGAAUAAGAUUAUGCAUGACUGCAUGGUCCAGCCACCUUUCUGCACCCCUGAUAACCAUCGAUACUGGGAAACAGAUUGUGGGAACUAUGCAGGGGCUCUUAUGUACUUCUGUUCCUUUUAUGUCAUUAUUGCAUACAUAAUGCUGAGUUUACUUGUAGCUAUCAUUGUGGAGAAUUUCUCCCUGUUCUACUCCACCGAGGAAGACCAGCUUCUGAGCUACAACGACCUGCGCCAUUUUCAGAUUAUUUGGAAUAUGGUUGAUGACAAACGAGAGGGGGUGAUUCCUACAUCGCGAGUGAAGUUUCUGCUCAGGCUGCUUCGAGGUAGACUGGAAGUGGACCUGGAUAAGGAUAAACUGUUAUUUAAGCAUAUGUGCUAUGAGAUGGAGAGGCUACAUAAUGGGGGAGAUGUCACUUUCCAUGAUAUACUGAGCAUGCUGUCAUACAGAUCAGUUGACAUCAGGAAAAGCCUUCAGUUGGAAGAACUCCUAGCAAGGGAACAGCUGGAAUACACUAUAGAAGAGGAGGUAGCAAAACAGACCAUUCGCAUGUGGCUGAAAAAGUGCUUGAAGCGUAUCAGAGCGAAGCAGCAGCAGUCAUGCAGUAUCAUCCAUAGUCUUCGAGAAAGUCAGCAGCAGGAGCUUAGUCGAUUCCUCAACCCUCCGAGCAUUGAAACAACAAAACCCAGUGAGGACAUCAUUGCAAAUAGCAGUGACAACCCUUCGCAGCCGGAGACAAGCAAUCCACAGCAGUUGCUCAGUCCAACGCUUUCAGACAGCGGUGGCCAUCGUCAGGACUCAACUGAAAUGGAAAAACCUCAGAGGAAGUUUGGUCAGUGGCGUUUGCCGGCAGCACCUAAACCUAUAAGUCAUUCUGUUUCCUCUGUCAACUUGCGGUUUGGAGGUCGGACUAGCGUAAAGUCCACUGUGUGCAAUGUGAACCCUGUAUCUGAUGAGGCGUCAUCAGGCUCUGAGGUGAAGAAAUGGUGGACACGUCAGCUGACAGUGGAAAGUGACGAGAGCGGAGACGACCUAAUUGACAUUUAACUGCAUACCUUGAAGGAAAUGUGUACAAUGGUUCAGUGUACGAAUCACUAAGUGAAGCCAGGAAACCAAGUGACAUCUGAUUUUUUUUUUCUCCCAUUUCUUUGGCGCUGAUUCUUAAUACUCUAUUUUUAAGUACAUUUUCAAAGCCAUCUUUUCAUCUAAAGAAUGUAACAACUGUACAUGUUCUUUAUUUUCUUAUUCAGGGGUCUUGUAUUGUAUUUGUGUACUCUAGUAUAUGCUGUGUAUGUCAACGCCAUAUAUUGUUUUUGUUGUCAUUUUGGAGUUUUUUGCAACUCAUAAAACUGCCAAACUGUGCUCAUAAAAAAAUUAAGUAAUUACAAAA